AUGGGCAUCAGGUGCACCAGAGCCUCAUCGUUGGAUACUACCAGGCUAAAACUAUGCGAAAUUUCUGUUUAUGACAACCAAGAGGUGCUCUAUGAUGAUCCUAUUGUUUCAGACAGAACUAGACUUAUCGAAUGGCAAUCUGUUGACCAACAAAGCUUCACCAUCAUCUUACUAAUCCAACGCAUCUAUGACCCUAACUAUAACCGACUAGCAGGUAAGCUAAUUGCUCUGCACCCCUAUGGCCUGACUCAGGGUCCAAACCUUGCUUCUGCAGAAUGCGUACGAAGACACUACGCCCCAAGAUCCCGCACCGGAUGUCGGACCUGUCGGACGAGAAGAGUCAAAUGCGAUGAGGCUCCUGGAGCGUGCAAGAACUGCACCUCCACCGGACGGACUUGUGAUGGGUACGACUUGACCAGACUCCCAAAUGUCGCCGGGUAUUUGCUCAAUGCUAGUCCCCCAAAGUUUCAGCUUCGAAUCAGUCUCCCUGGAAUGAGUUCAGAUGAGCGCCGGUGCUUUACCUACUUCCAAACACACACUGUGCCUAGGAUGGUGGGGUUCUAUGAUUCGGAGCUUUGGCAGCGACUGGCACUCCAGAUGAGCCAAGCCGAAACCGCUGUCUGCCAUGCGGUCGUUGCUCUGGGGGCCCUGCAUCAAGACUCAGAAGCUAGAGGAACGACGCUGCAGAAAGUUGACCUGGAUCGUAAUGAUCACCAUCGCUUCGCCCUCGAGCAAUACAGCAGGGCCAUUACUGCCCUACAAAAACGCCUGCCGUCAAACGAUCCGCAGGUGCGCCUGGCUGUGCUAAUGUGCUGUGUCGCGUUCAUUUUCUUCGAAUACCUUCAAGGCAAUCGGGGGAAAGCGUUCACUCAUCUUCAGAAUGGGCUUCAUGUUUUGGCGAACCGUAAGGGGGACGAGGCACGUACCCUUGUACUGUCAAAAGUCCUCCAGCCGGUCCAAGAAUCUACUGCCGAAAGGGCAUUUCUGCGAGCGUUCGCGCAGCUGGAUGCUCAAUCCGCGCACUUCAGAGUAUCUGGCUCCGUUACUACUUUGGGGGCACAGAAUGGCUAUUUGACUACAGACAUUCUCAACCAAGAAUUCGACUUCCAAAGCUUGGAGGACGUAAAAGACAAGUUAGAUCCCCUGGGAAGUGUCGUCUUCCGCUUUCGUACCACCUGUCGUCCAUUGCUCCGAAAUCCAAUGGUCGACGUCCUGCAACUAUCAGUCCAGCACCACAGGAUACGGACUCAGCUAAUGAAACAUAUCUCAGCCUUUGAGACAUUCAGCGCACAAUUUCAUCCAUCCAAGAUGACCGCCAAGGAAGCACGCAGCAUGGACAUGAUAAGGCUUCACCAUAUCGUCUUGAUGGUGGAUCUGGAAACUAUGCUCAGCCUGUCAGAGCUCGUAUAUGACUCUUAUCUACCACAAUUCCGAACAUUCGUGAACUUUUGUGAGCGCAUCAUAAACAGCAUGAGGGCAGAGUACGGCACGAAUCUUACCAAGAUAGUGACCGACAUGGGCGUCAUUGCUCCACUAAACUGGACAAGUCUCCGGUGUCGAGAUCUCCCAACUCGACAGCGAGCAUUAAGUCUACUUGAUUCUUGGCCCCACUGCGAAGGGCCGUAUGACUCUCGAUUCUUCGCUACUCUGGCACGUCAGGUAGUUGCAAUCGAGAGCGAGGGCGAGAUAGCCGGCUUCAUUCCAGAACAUGCUCGUGUGCGCGAUACGUCUCUGGAGAUGUUAGGGGAUGGACUCCAUGCAGUGCUAUUGUAUACGUUAUCGGACCCGAACAAGAUGAAUCUCGAAAUGCAUCGACGGCCGUUUCGCUUCCGAUGA